CGGUAGGGAAAUUUCAGCAUCACAUCCCCGCCAGUACAGUCCAAGUCCCUUACCUGGGCAACACCGCAAUUAUGCCUCAGAACGAGUAUAUGGAAAGGUGGCGCAAGCUGCACGGCCGCCGUCUCGAUCACGAAGAGCGACAACGCAAGCGUACUGCCCGUGAGGGCCACAAGGCUUCGCAGGAUGCCCAGAACCUCCGUGGUCUCCGCGCCAAGCUCUACCAGAAGAAGCGCCACAAUGAGAAGAUCCAGAUGAAGAAGGCCAUCAAGGCGCACGAGGAGCGCAACGUCAAGACGGCCGACGAGAAGGAGCCCACCACGCCCAUGCCCUCUUACCUGCUGGAUCGUACCAACCCUUCGACCGCCAAGGCCCUCAGCAGUGCCAUCAAGAACAAGCGAGCCGAGAAGGCGGCCAAGUUCGCCGUGCCGCUGCCCAAGGUCCGAGGUAUCAGCGAGGAGGAGAUGUUUAAGGUGGUCAAGACCGGCAAGAAGACUCACCAGAAGUCGUGGAAGCGCAUGGUUACCAAGCCCACGUUCGUUGGACCCGACUUCACUCGACGCAACCCCAAGCACGAGCGAUUCAUCCGACCCAUGGGUCUGCGUUACAAGAAGGCCAAUGUCACCCACCCCGAGCUCGGCGUCACUGUGCAGCUGCCCAUCAUCAGUGUCAAGAAGAACCCACAGAACCCCCUCUACACGCAGCUGGGUGUUUUGACCAAGGGUACCGUCAUCGAGGUCAACGUCAGCGAGUUGGGUCUGGUGACGGCUGGUGGAAAGGUUGUCUGGGGGCGAUACGCCCAGGUUACCAACAACCCGGAGAACGAGGGCUGCAUCAACAGCGUCCUGCUGGUGUAAUCGAGGGUUGCUUGGCGAGAACCCCAUGGAUCAUUUGAUAUUCAGAAUGCAUGUAAAGGCGUCAGGGCGUUUUGCGGUAGUUGAAAAAGAGGCUGCGACAUGGGCUUUCACUAAGGGUGGAAUGUCGACUGAAGAUUCCCGGUAGCGAUGAAGAAGACACACUCGAGGCCAUGGGGCCUGCUUUUGCUUCCCGGCGAGACAAGACCACGCUGGGAAUUCGAGAGGAUGAGACAAAAGACUAUAUCACGGUCAUACAUAGAAUACUUAGGUAGUAUGUACUAAAAUUUGAAAUGCUUGACUGGCUGCAUUUCUAGAA